UGGGAGGUGGAGAGUACUACAUCAGUAGUUUACUAGCGAUUUUCAAUGAAACGCAUUUUAAAAGAAAUCAAUGCAAUUCCCAUCUACAGAGGGGCAUGAGGAAUCCGAAAAUAAACCUUUGUACGUAUUGACAUGUGCAUGAGCUAGGCAUGGUUGACAUUAGAGGAGACAGCAUGUUAUGUCGUCUGUUCGGUAAAUCUGAUAGUGUAAACGCCAAUAUUCCUCUUUUCUUCAAAUAUAUAUCCAACUUAUGUCAAGAGUGUCAAGUCAUGUGACUCAUACAUACACAACUUAAAAACAAUAAAUUUUAUUUCUAUUCAUAAAAAAACACUGUUUUUUAAUUAAACACCUUAUUAAAGUUCUUAACAUGCCUCAAAAACUAACUUGUGAGGAUUAUAAACACCUUAGUCUUGCAGAAGUUCAUGAACAUCUUGACGAUUUGCAUUUGGAACUUUUAAGUUUAGUUGAACAAUUAGUCCAAUGCAAAGUAACUAUUGAAAAGGUCACAAACGAAGGAAGAAUAAACUGUGCAAAGGCUCGCUAUAUACAAGGACAAACAACAGUUGGAAUAUCAAAAUUACCUACGGAAGAGAGUCAAGAAUUCAAUGCAUUAGUAAGAGUGGAGCAAAUUAAGUCGGAAAGUCCAUGUGCCGAUAAGGAAUUCCAGCUUAAACGUUAUCCGAUCGAUAAAGAAGCAGGAUUUAUUGAUCCAAUUCGAUGGUUUGGUGUUUUAGUUCCCCGGCCAUUACAAAUAACCAAAGAGAAAUUUCAGAGUUCAUUAGAACUUGUUAUUGAAGCUGCCAAUAUUCAAGUUCAAAUGGAUAGUAUUAUGGUUUCUAUAAAGAAACUAAAAGAACAAAAAAGCUUUUUGAAUAAACUCGCUAUUAAAUAAUUAUAUUUUUAAUUGAAUUUAAAAA